UUGUCAGUUGUCAGUGAGGGUUCCGUAAUUUGUUUUAUUUUGAAGGAGCUUUGCGGAUGUAGCUCACUUUGUGUUUCGCCAGACUUUCUCUCGCUGAUGCCGCUGUGUGAGUCUGUGUUGACUCUUCGCCAAUUUGUGGACUUUUCAAGACUUUGUCAGGAUUAUGUUGGGCCGGGAAUUGGGCUGUCAGACAUUUAGGUUUUUGGACUAUAUUCGCGCAGCUUCUUUGGUUGUUUUCAAGUUAACAUGGUGAAGGUGGUGGAGGUGACCUGCAUCAUCAUUCUCCUCCUCGGAGGAGAGGAAGAUCCUGGAGAGAGUUCCAGAUGCUGACUGCACGGCACCGUCACCGUCACCGUGGACACGAUGGACCUGCUGGUUUUUGUGGUUCCGGUUCUGUUGCUCCACACGUGGCUUGUCGAGGCUCAGGUUUUGCGCAUUGGCGGCAUCCUGGAGACGCGCGAGCGUGAGCUGGUCAGUUUGGACGAGUUGGCGUUCAAGUUUGCCGUCAACAACAUCAACAGGAACAAGACACUGAUGCCCAACGUCACGCUCACCUACGACAUUCAACGCAUCAACCCCAAAGACGGCUUUGAAGCCUCGCGCAGAGUGUGCGACCAACUGUCCCUGGGCGUGGUGGCCGUGUUCGGUCCGUCCCACAGCUCUUCCGUCAGCGCCGUUCAGUCCAUCUGCAACGCUCUGGAGGUUCCGCACAUCCAGACGCGGUGGAAGCACCCAUCGGUGGACAACCGGGACACCUUUUUCAUCAACCUGUACCCCGAGUACAGAGCGGUUGCCAGGGCUGUGCUGGAUGUGGUCACUUUCUUCAAGUGGAAGAAGCUCACCGUCGUCUACCAGGACAGCACCGGUCUGAUGCGCAUGCAGGAGUUGAUCAAGGCUCCCGCCAAGCUGAACCUGAAGAUGAAAAUCCGCCAGCUGACGCCCGGCAACCAGGACGCCAGGCCGCUGCUCAAAGAGCUCAAGAAGGACAAAGAGUUCUUCAUCCUCUUCGACUGCUCCUACAGCAUGGCCUCGGAACUACUCAAACAGCUCUCAUCCAUGGGAAUGAUGACAGAGUACUACCACUUCUUCUUCACGACUUUGGACUUGUUUGCUUUGGACCUGGAGCCGUACCGUUACAGCGGAGUCAACAUGACGGGCUUUAGGCUGCUCAACAUUGACGACCCCCGGGUGGCCUCCACCUUGGACAAGUGGGCCAUGGAGAGGCUACAGGGGCCCAAGCAAGAUGGUGGACUCAUGGACGGCGUCAUGACUACUGACGCAGCUCUGAUGUACGACGCCGUGUUCCUGGUGUCUGUGGCGUCUCAGCGUGCUACUCAGAUGACCGUCAGCUCUCUGCAGUGUCACAGACACAAGCCCUGGCGCUUUGGACCUCGAUACAUGAACCUCUUUAAGGAGGCGCAGUGGGAUGGCCUGACGGGCCACAUUGUCCUCAACAAGAGCGACGGCCUGAGGCGGGAGUUUGACUUGGACAUCAUCAGCCUAAAAGAAGACGGCAGCACCAGGGGUGUCGUGGAGGGUGUAAAUCGCCUCACCAAAAGGUGGAUCAAGAUCGCCACAUGGAACUCGAUCAAAGGAAUGAACCUGAUCGAGAAGUCAACACCGAACAGCAACAACGUCACCGACUCGCUGGCCAACAGGACGCUGAUCGUCACCACCAUUUUGGAGAACCCGUACGUGAUGUACAAGAAGCCCGACAAGGACCUGGUCGGGAACGACCGCUUUGAGGGUUACUGCCUGGACCUCCUCAAGGAGCUCUCCAACAUCCUGGGCUUCACCUACGAGGUCCGGCUGGUAGCCGACGGCAAGUACGGAGCCCAGAACGACAAGGGCGAGUGGAACGGGAUGGUGCGAGAGCUCAUCGACCACGUGGCCGACCUGGCGGUGGCGCCGCUGACCAUCACGUACGUGCGCGAGAAGGUCAUCGACUUCUCCAAACCCUUCAUGACGCUGGGCAUCAGCAUCCUCUACCGCAAGCCCAACGGCACCAACCCGGGCGUCUUCUCCUUCCUCAACCCGCUGUCGCCCGACAUCUGGAUGUACGUCCUGCUGGCCUGCACCGGCGUCAGCUGCGUACUCUUUGUCAUCGCCAGGUUUACCCCCUACGAGUGGUACAACCCCCAUCCGUGCAACCCGUCGUCCACACUGAUCCAGAACAAUUUCACCUUGCUCAACAGCUUCUGGUUUGGUGUCGGCGCGCUCAUGCGGCAAGGCUCCGAGUUGAUGCCCAAGGCGUUGUCCACGCGCAUCGUGGGCGGCAUCUGGUGGUUCUUCACCCUGAUCAUCAUCUCCUCCUACACGGCCAACCUGGCCGCCUUCCUGACCGUGGAGCGCAUGGACGCGCCCAUCGACUCAGCCGACGACCUGGCCAAGCAGACCAGGAUCGAGUACGGCGCUGUGAGGGACGGCUCCACCAUGACCUUCUUCAAGAAAUCCAAGAUUUCCACCUAUGAGAAGAUGUGGGCCUUCAUGAGCAGCAGGAAGAACACGGCGCUGGUGAAGAACAACCGGGAGGGCAUCACGCGCGUCCUCACCACCGACUACGCCAUGCUGAUGGAGUCCACCAGCAUCGAGUACAUCAGCCAGAGGAACUGCAACCUGACGCAAAUCGGAGGACUCAUCGACUCCAAGGGAUACGGAGUGGGAACGCCCAUCGGCUCUCCAUACCGAGACAAGGUGACCAUCGCCAUCCUUCAGCUGCAGGAGGAGGGCAAGCUGCACAUGAUGAAGGAGAAGUGGUGGCGAGGGAACGGCUGCCCCGAGGAGGACAACAAGGAGGCCAACGCCUUGGGCGUGGAGAACAUCGGCGGCAUCUUCAUCGUGCUCGCCGCCGGCCUGGUCCUGUCCGUCUUCGUGGCCAUCGGCGAGUUCAUCUACAAAGCCCGCCGCAACGCCGACAUCGAGGAGGCCUUCUGUUUCUUUUACGGCGUGCAGUCCCGCCAGUUUCAACGGCGCGGCUCCACCUCCUCCUCGGGCACAUCGUUGUCCACCGACCUGGAGAGCGGCAGGCUGCUCGGCGAUGACAUCGAGUGACCGCGGCAACUUGUUGUAAAUAAGAGUGUGUCUUUCUGGACCUUGAUGGACAAAACGGCUCCCCGCCUGCAGUGAUGCCUCGUGUCAGCCUGACAUGGAGAACUCUUGAGACUCCAAACCAAAAAAAAAAAAAAAAAAA